CCCUUUAAGAGAAUAGGAGGUUAAACCCUGUGUGUGCUGUGUAAACUGUGUGUCCUUGCUUGUUUCAAUAUGUCUCAAUAUGUGUUAAUAAUGCUCUAGAAAUCCAUUGCAACAGUCGCUUCUAUGCAAUGAAAAGGCAUGAUUUCACAACUAAACGUUUGCCUUCUUCAGGCUGGGGCAUGCCGCUGUUGCUGCUUGAAAUCACUGCACUGGAAUUACACAGUGGGUCCUCAGGAUUACUGUCUCAUGACGUUGCUGUUAAAAUGAAACCAAAUGAGUGAUGUCGUUCCCUUCUUUGAGGCCACACACACAAAAACUCCACCACGAUAUUAGGCUGAAUGUUCUGAAUCCGGCAGCAGGAAGAGAAGAGAUGUACAGUUCAAACUGCUCUGGGUAGAUGUAUUGGCCAUCUAAUGCAUGACUAUUCGCCCCAGUGUAUGAUGUCAUAUAUUUCUGUAAUUAAUUAUCGAAUUGUCAAACUCUUGAGGAGUAUGGGAAAUGCUUUAGGCCUACGUACUAGGAAACACCUUUGUCCUACUACAGCAUACUGCCCUUCCUUAUUCUUGGAUACUGGACGUUUUUGAGUCAUGUAAAAUGCUAUGUCUGGGUUGACUAUACAUUCUCAUCACAGAUUUUUCUCCUUCUUUGGGAUGUUGAUUGGGAAAAACCCUCAGUGGUAGGCUACAAAGGUUCCCCACCUCUCAUUGUCCUCACACCUGGAAAGACACCUGGGGCCUAUACAAAGAAGCUGGUUCAGGAGUAAACCAGGUUAAGUUAAGAGGUAAAUCAUCUAAUAGAAGAGCAUGGCGUUCUCAUGAGGACUCGUAUGUAAUGCAUACAGUUAUCCAUAAUAGGUUUUGUUUCAUUUUAAAGGUUUUAUUCUGUAAAUAUUUGAGCUAGGUACUAGCAAGACAGUUAGAAGAAGUUACCCUUUGGAAAUAAUAAUAUUCUCAGUGGCAACAUGACCUCAAUCCUGAAACACAGUUGUGUAAAUGAAAUAAAGUUUAAGUAGCCAUAACCAUUACACGGUAUGUGCACAUAGAAGGUUUAAAAUGUAUGAAACAGGACAUUAUAUGGAUUAAGGCAACAACACACAUAACUUAAAGUGUGCACUAACAGGUAGCCUAUUACCAAAGGAGAAGAAUUUCCCCUCUGAACCAAUCAUGCUUUUUCACAUCCAACCACUGACCCUAAAUUGAGGAAGUGUUCACAAUCAAAAAGUUUAGAGACAAACUGCUUGAGUGAGAUUCGUCUGCCAGCACUGACGGGAGCAGGAGGACAUUUUUUGUACUUAAAAGAGCACAGGUAGGAUAGCUUCAUCUGUUCUGUUUUUAGGUUAUAAAAUAUAACUUGUGACAAACAAAACAAAAAAACAACCUCUGUGCAGUGAGUUUGUCCAGCUAACUCAGUGCUGUGUGGUCCGGAUCAAAUUGGUUAACAAAUUCUAUUGGGGCUGCUUGAUAAGUUCAGGCCAUCUGACAUAAUGUGUGUUUCAAAGGAAACACUUCAUAGCACAACACAACACAUAGCUUAUGUCAUCUCUGUAUGUUUAACUGACCCCUACUUAACUUGGAAAAGCAGUGAUAUAGUAUCUGUGUACCAGUAGGACUACAAAUUGAGUUGUUUACAAUAUCUCCAAAAGGAAGUGCAAAUAAAAUGUAUUCAUUUCCUAUGAAUAUCUUACAUUUCCUUACACAUGUUACAUCGGAAAGACGUAAACUAGAUUGAGGCACUUCCUGAGCUUCUCAUGUUUCCUGUGUGAGAAUCUUCACUUUCAAUGCAUUCUAGACGGCAUAUGGCUUUCCCCCUGCCACACAAGAAGUCAACAAGAAGUCUUUCAAAUGAUCUGCAGUGUUACCAUGUGAUUAUGAGUAAAUGUAUUCUCUCAUAGAAACCAGUUAAAAUUUGACUUUACAUCAUUAUUUCUAUACUGCAGUGCCAGUUUCUACCGUUGUAAACUAAUUCACAGUCAGAUCGACUGUGGACUGUGGACUUUACACCGAGGUGUAAAACUGAAAAUGAUCUGUGUCAUUUGUUCCUUCUUGUCGACCACACAGUAGGCUAAGUCUCGUGGGCCCAUUGGUCUGGUGACGUGUGUACAGUAACACAGUAAGGUACGAUUAUUAUUUCCAUUUCUUCCCAUUUUCUCUUUUUCCUUUUUAAUAUGUAACUGUUCUCAUUUUUUGUCCAUACGCUUCAAAGAUACUGCCGUACCUUCUUUGGCCUUUUUUCACAGGCCAUUUUAUUUAUUGUUGUUUCUUUUUGUAUCACCUUUUAGAAUGACUGAAAGACUGGCUAACCACAUUACUCUUACAGGAGUUUUUAUCCAAAGCAAUUUACAAUAGGACACACAGAGUGUGAGGAGAUACAGACUUGUACCUGCAACAUAUAGGCCUACAGAUACAGACUUCCACAAGAUAUACAUGUGCAUACAACAUAUAAACAACAACCAAUAGUAUUCUGUGUUGUUUAUAUGUUCUAUGCACUUGUUUAUUAAUAUAUUAUUUCCUCGGCUUCACCUCAGUGUUAAUAGUUUAGGUGUUUGGAUCCCUAAUAAAACAGAAUGGCAGACACUGAUCUUUUGUUACCUCAUGAGGACCCGGAGCAACCUCUCCCCUCGCCCUCAGCCUGUGACAAGGCACAACAAACACAGCAGCCCCCCCCUUACAGCCCAGCGCCGCCCCCCUAUGCUGCCCAGCCCUCGCCUAGCCCUCACUUCCCUGCACCAGAGCCUGGUUUCACUGGAGGCUAUCAGAGCACCUCAGCAGAAUAUCCAGGUGUUCUGCGUGGUGACUGUUCAGCUGGUCUUCACCUUCAGUGUGGUGUGUGUGUUCACCUUCUCCAGCGCGGUGCAGGAUGCUGUAUUGAAGAACAUCUGGAUUUUCUACAGCUCCUUGAUAGUCUACCUGGUGUCCGCCAUGUGCCUCAUCUGCUGCAGGUCCCUCAGCAGGCUCCAUCCAUGGAACCUCGUGGCCCUGGGUGUGAUCACAGUCAGUCUCUCGUACAUGGUGGGCACGGUGGCCUCAAUGUACAACACCCCUGCUGUCAUCAUUGCCAUGGGUUCCACUCUGGCCAUCUCUGUUGGCGUCAUAGCCUUCUCAGCACAGACUAAAGUGGACUUCACCGUCUGCAACGGAUUGCUGUUUGCACUGGCACUGAACGUUGUGAUGUUGGGAUUCUUCAGCAUCUUUUUCUACUCCAAAAUGCUGCAGGUGUUCUAUGGCUUUCUUGGAGCCAUACUGUUCUCAAUGUUCCUGGUGGUGGAUUGCCAGCUUGUGAUGGGGAGAGCAACGUAUGCCCUGAGCCCAGAGGAGCACGUGUUCGCCGCCCUCAACAUAUACCUGGACAUGAUCAAUAUCUUCCUCUACAUACUGAUGAUCUUUGGCGGAGGCAGGAAAUGAAGUAUGUUGUGUGGCGUCAAAAAACGAUACAUAAACUGCUUCUCAUCUUGGAUUGUGAAUAGUUGGUCCACUGUGCCAAAUGUGUUUAUUCUUAAGCUGACAUUUUUGUGGAGUUAUUUUUAGAUGCGUCCCAGAGGGUAUGUCUGUCCGUCUGAAACGCAUUCUUUAAAUUGUAAUUCCUUCCUAUGUCCACAAGGCGGCAGAUUUUUUGGCCUGGAGCUCCCAGGUCCCCUCUGCAUAGACGGACGCAUCUUUGUCCGCCUGCUGGAUUUGUUCUUUUUUUCGUGUCAGGUGAAUGAAAGAUUUAAGGGUAGCUUUGAGGAAUUACUAACUAAAGAAACCUAGCCAAUGUUUAAAAUAUACACCUCAAAAUGGAAAAUGUGAAAUUAUAAGCCACUGUAAAUAGACACAACCAAGGUCAAGGUUUGGGGAACCGAUGAUUAUAAUUUGUAAUGCAAGCAUUUAGUGCUUAUUCAAGUCACCGAGUUAAGAAAUAAUUACCAUUCACUUGUUUAUGUAACCAAAGAAAACUCAAUAUUCUUAUUUCAAGUGUUAUGUGCAUGGUUUGUUUCGUUUGGAACUGAUGUAUUCGUAGUUUUGUAUAAAGAUAUAUAGCACAAGAAGCACACAUACUAUAAGCAACUAACUAGCAAAACAAAAAUAAACAAAAUGGAAACACA